GUCUGCGGUCAGUUGAUAACCAGACGUCGUCAAGACUGCACGUUAACGUGUUCCUCCAUCACUAAAUCACCCUGUUAAUUAACCUUGCGACAGUCGUAACAAAAAUACCUUAGAGCUGUUAUGAAGCAUAUAUAUAUAUAUUGGUGUGGAAAUAGUUGUACAAGUAAUGGAAUAGUGCUUGAAGGACUAGUGUCAAGGCCGUAAGACCUAAGAAAGUUACACUAAGCAUCUUCCUUAAACUCUAAAAGAAAAGUUAUGACUUGAAAGAAGAGUAAUAGUGUGUUUGAGGAGAGCUCGUGAGACCAACAGGAACACAGAGAUUUGCCUUGUCCUCGCAAUUGAAGAGUUCGUACUUCGAGAUGGUGUCAGGCAAUUUCAUUAGGUUGUUGUUGGCUGCUGUGGUGGUCCUCGUCUUCACAGCUUAUACUUUCCAUUCUCUAAACGACAAUUUCGACCAUAACCCGGAACGUGUUAUGAGCGACUUGCUCUCUGCAUCUGACGGAGCCUUAAACCUGACAACGGACAGUAGUCUGGAUCCCGUUACGACACCAUCUCCAACGACUCCCCAAGUCGUUGAUAGCUGCGAGUGUAAGAUGAAGAAGGUCUUGGGAGGUUCACUUAUUGUUCAAGACUUGGAGUUAGUGAUGGCGUGGCUGAAUAUGACCUCGCUGGAGUACCUGGUCAAGCACCACCCUAACUUGCCUAUCGAUUUAAUUUACAACGUGAGCAGGACCCAAAGCUGUGGGUUAUUACCUUCAAUAUUCAGCAUCGAGUGGGUGAACAAGUACUGGCAGAAGGUUGUGUUGGGCAACACCUCCAUACUGCUCUACUCUGCAGUCUACGACAUCAACCCAGGAGGAGAGCCAUGCGUGAGGGUGUUGGGCGUGACCAGGAGCACCAACCCUCCCGCCGGCUGGUGUCACUUCUGGUUCAACCCACAACAACCUCCAGUCGUCGCCAAGGUCACCAAGAUUGACUACUUGGACUACCAAGGAAGGAGCGGGGACCGUCAGAUGCCCUUCAUGUUCACCUGUCCCCUACCGUCCCAGGCAGCCCACCUUCAGCCAGGUGCCGUCUCUCUCGUUAACCUGCCCUGUCAACCUGCCACUACUUUACUCCAGGUGGUGGGAGCCAAGGAGAGAGAGGCGUCAGCCUAUCAGCAUGGACACAAGCCCGCCGACCCCACCAGGGCAGUGACUGGGUGGGUGCCGGCCGUGUGUGGUCCAGCUCUCUACUACUACCACAAGGACUUCUCCAAGCGACUGGUGGAGUGGCUGGAGAUCCUGCGGGCGGAGGGCUUCGGCAGGGUGUUCCUCUACACUGCCAACGUCCAUCCUAACAUUGAGAAGGUCCUUAAUUACUACGUGGAUGACGGCUUCGUGCAGCUCACCAGAUACUCCUACCCACCGCCAUAUAUCAACGAGCCCAGUAUUCAGAGGUUGUGGACACGUGUGAUGCUAAAAGAGAUGUUCGCGCAGGAGAACAUAUACUUCAGCGACUGCCUCCUGCGACACAUGCACCAGUACCGCUUCAUCGCUCACUACGACCCCGACGAGCUGCCCAUCUUGCUCCACCACCACAACUACACCCACUUCCUCGACCACCUUACCACUACGGCUUUUCAGAAAAAGGAGAAUCCCGUAGCCUACAAACUUAACUGGAAGUAUUUUAACGAUGACCUAAUAUCCCAGAAUGCAGAAUCCCUGAAGUUACCGGAGUACCUGUGGGCACUCAAACACACUCGCAGACCCACAAAACCCAUCAAGGCCACCCCGGGGACUGUCAAGACUCUUUACGACAUGGACCACGUCAGGGGAGUCUACUCUCAUGCCCCACUACUGUGCAUCACAGAUAAGUGCAAAGUGCAUACAGUGGACACCUCCGUGGCCUACCUCGGUCACUAUAAGUACAGCUGUGGUGAUGCGUGCAAAGCGCCCGACUCUACAGUGGACGAGCCGGUCCUGCUCAGAUACAAGGACCCAGUAGCAACGGCAGUGACUCAGGUGAUACAAAAACUUCAACUUAUUGAUGCAUAAAGUUCUGGGUACUUGCUGAACACAUCAACUACUGAUGAAGUGCUACAAGUGGAGGGGGGACCCUCCAGUGGUGAGGCAGGGGACCCUCCAGUAGGGUCCUUGGUGCUACAGUUAUGGAAGACCUUGCUUUUCCUCAUCCUUCCUUGAGGGGCCCUACACUAUUUCCCCUUCCUGAGGAGGGUCCCUACAUUAUCCCUCUUCCAGCCCAUUCUUAGAGUAAAUCCAUUACAACAAGACCUCAGUCUUGUAGUCUAUUUGUAAAUUGGCAAGUGACCCUUUGUGCUAAACGGAGAAUGUUCUCAAGUUAUAACUUGAUUGUAUUAUAAAUCGUUGGGUUAAAAUAUAACAAGUAUAAGGUAAACUUGAUGUAUUGGAAACUGAAUGAAGAAUUUGGUUUUCUCUAAAUGAAAUUCUAGGGUAUACACACAGUUUUCAAGUUCCAUAUUUCACACACUGAGGAUAAUCCACUAUAUUAACGUAACUAAACAUAAUGAAACGUCAACUUAACCUAUCCUAACCAUUGAUAGGGAGUAGAUAAUAGCACUCACCACGUAGUGGUUUUGAAGUCAAUACCUCUAGGAUAUUGACUUCAAAGUCAAUAUCUCUCUGAGGACAUGUUACCCGCUGAUCCCCACGUAAGAGUUUUCCCUUGUGACGAGGGGGCUCACGUACGACUCCCUGGGGUCAGUGGGCGUCGCCUCGGAUUCCCCCUCCCUCUUCUAGUGUUGUAUGUGCAAAAUAAAUGACAGUCCAUGUCACUUCACUCCGUUUUUGGGCAAAUUUUCUGGCAUACACUUCGAAGUUGAUGCCAUUUGGUACACUUAUAGAUCUCGGUGAGAGAAAUAGUUGUUGUUUUGUCUCGCAUUUGUAGCUACAACGGUUCUGGAGAUCCGAGGCCUUGAAUUUAACAAAAUGGGUAAAUUUUCCAUGAUGGGGCUCCUAUGGCACAUAAUUUAAAUACCAUUUUGAAGAUCUUGAGGGGCUCUCCAACCUUUAUUCUAUGCAUAUUUUAAAUCAGGGUUCAAAUAAAAUUAACCUUUAAUUUAAAAUUUUGAAACUGGAAAGGUCAUUAAUUUGACGUCAACCCUGUGGUUUCAACUCGAUGAAAUACUUGGUAUAAAUGUGUGUAUUAGUAUAUACAGUUUAUAACUUUCUAGGGUGUUCUCUUAGUUUAGGAACUACAUGCUAUUGGACCUUAGUUGGGUCCAUUACAAUUAAUGUAUCUCCUAAACUUAAGGAAAAGGAAAAUUUGCUAUACGCAUUUAUACCAAUUAUUGCAUUGUUUGACAAAACAAAGAUCAGGUUGACAUCGAAUGACCUCUCCAAGGUCAAAAGAUUAAAUUGUCAGUUUUAUUUGAACCGUGACCGAAAAUAUGCAUAGAAUAAAAGCUCAGAGUCACGCAUCUGUCGAAAAUGUAAACCUGGGCCAGGAUUAAACAAGCAUGUCUUCGGCGGCUUUGUUUACAUUUAUGAAACAGUUUACAAACCUCGAAACCUCGCAAUCAAAUCAUCAUCAUAAGAGAAAGGGUUUUCAUCAUAAAAGGGCCUCCUAGUGCUUCGAGCUCAAACUGUGUAAUUAAUGUAAGCAAAGCCGCCAAAGAUUGAGAGAUGUAUACAAAUCAAAUCAAUUGUCAAUUCGGGUAAAAAUACAUACAAGAUAAGUUACAAACAUAAUGUUGGAUUUCUAGAUAGAGCUAGUACAUACAGUGCCCAAAGCCACUAAUAUGCACAGCGUUUCGGGCAAGGUGUGGAGAAAAACACUUACUUAUAAAAACACUUAGACUUAAACUUAAUACUAAUUGAGAUCAAAGCAUAAAUUGAGUUGAAAAAGGGAAAAAUGGGGGGGGGGGGAAGAAAAUCGUAAAUCGUGCCGUAAAUCAGUAGUUGCACAAGUUGGUCAUCAAACAGUAUUGUUUGAAAAUAGCAAGACAUGUGUUGACAUUAAGGGGGAGGGGGUUAAGGUAGGUUACACGGAGUUCGUUAGAUAGUACUUAGUUUUUCUCUUAAACUGGUUGAGAGAGGUACAGACUUUGACGUGAUCGGGAAGGUCAAUCUCUUCCCAUAUCGGGAAGGUAUGGGUCAUAUAGGUUGGUAAGUAGGUGGGGGUAACUGGGCUUAAUGAA